GAGUCCAGUCCCUGGAGUUGUGAUCCAGGCCAGCAGGUUUUGAAGCUGGCGCGCGGAGCAUUGUGGGAUACUGGCUAACGGGUGAAGUCAACAUGGCUGCGGCUCUCAGGCAAAGGAUAGAACCUGCAGGAAGAAGGCCGUAAAUGAAGCCCGAUAUACACACAGCUCUACCGCCUUUAUAGUGGGCUUAGAUCCGCCGCAUUUGCCGAUUUCUACGCCGCCUGCGGAAGGCCGGGACACUCACAAACAGCAGCAGAUAACAAACAAGUGAGGAUAAAGUCUCGUAUGAAUUCCGACGAGAAGGAGGACUGUGAGUGUGCGACACCACAGGCCGAGACCAGCCCCGCCAGAGGAGCUGCUAGAGAACAAGAGGAGCCUGACAUAGAAAACCCAGAAGCAAGCCGAAUGAAGCGUGCAGCUGCCAAACAUCUAAUAGAGCGCUAUUACCACCAGUUAACGGAGGGCUGUGGGAAUGAGUCUUGCUCCAACUCCUGGUGUGCCUCAUCAGCGGGAUUCAGCCGCAUGGACAACAACGCGGCGGCAGUCAAAGCUCUCGAGCUCUAUAAGGUCAACGCCAAACUAUGUGACCCACACCCUUCGAAGAAAGGCACGGCUUCCACGUACCUGGAGAGCAGUGCUCACAGCAACUCAGCCUGCAGUAACAGGAAGCUGAACCAUAAAGAUGUCCAUGCUGUCAGAGACAAUUUCAAAGAUAUAAAUUACCUGACAGAGGAGAAGGUGUACGAGAUCUUGGACAUCUGUGGAGAGAAGGAGGAUUACUCUCCUUUGAUCCGAGUAAUAGGUCGGGUAUUCUCCAGCGCCGAAGGCCUGGUGCAGAGCUUCCGGAGAUCCAAACCUCACACAAAGGAGGAGCUAAAGUCCCUCCAAGAAAAAGACGAGGACAAGGAUGAAGAUGAAAAGGAGGCUGCUGCAUGCUCUGCCACAGCCAUGGAGGAAGACUCCCCCACCUCCUCAUCGUCACGGCUCGGCGAAUGCUCCUCAGGAGAAAACGACGUCCAGAAGUUGGCCCCUGAUGAGGUUUCGGUGGACAUCGAAGCCGUGCGGCGGGUCUACGAGCGCCUGCUCUCCAACGAGAAGAUAGAGGCCGCUUUCUUGAAUGCACUUGUCUACCUCUCACCUAAUGUCGAGUGUGACCUGACAUACCACAAUGUGUACUCAAGAGACCCCAACUAUCUGAACCUGUUCGUCAUAGUGAUGGAGAACAACAACCUGCACAGUCCAGAGUACCUGGAGAUUGCUCUGCCGCAAUUCUGCAAAGCCAUGAGCAAACUCCCCCUGGCUGCCCAGGCCAAACUGACUCGCCUGUGGUCCCACUACAGCGCAGAGCAGAUCCGCCGGAUGAUGGAAACCUUCCAGCAGCUCAUCACCUUCAAGGUGAUCAGCAACGAGUUCAGCAGCCGCAACCUGGUCAAUGACGACGAUGCGGUCGUGGCGGCCACCAAGUGCUUGAAGAUUGUUUACUAUGCAAACGUGCUCGGAGGCGACCUGGACACAGAGAACAACGAAGAUGAGGACGAGGAGCCCAUCCCGGAGUCCAGCGAGCUCACCUUGCAGGAGUUGCUGGGUGAGGAACGACGGAACAAAAAAGGCCCUCGAGUGGACCCUCUGGAGACAGAGCUGGGAGUUCGCACCAACGACUGCAGGCGGCCGCUCAUUCCCUUUGAGGAGUUUGUGAACGAGCCUUUGAACGAAGUGCUGGAAAUGGACAAAGACUACACUUUCUUUAAGGUGGAGACAGAAAACAAGUUCUCCUUCAUGACCUGUCCCUUCGUCCUGAACGCCGUCACCAAGAACCUGGGCCUGUACUACGACAACCGCAUCCGCAUGUACAGCGAGCGGAGGAUCACAGUGCUCUACAGCCUGGUGCAGGGCCAGCAGCUUAACCCCUACCUGAGGCUCAAAGUGCGCAGAGAUCACAUCAUUGAUGACGCUCUGGUCAGGCUGGAAAUGAUAGCAAUGGAGAAUCCUGCGGAUCUGAAGAAGCAACUGUAUGUGGAGUUCGAAGGCGAGCAAGGUGUUGAUGAAGGAGGAGUGUCCAAAGAGUUCUUCCAGCUGGUAGUGGAGGAGAUCUUCAACCCUGAUAUUGGCAUGUUCACGUACGAUGAACACACCAGGCUGUUCUGGUUCAACUCGUCGUCGUUUGAAAAUGAAGGCCAGUACACACUGAUCGGCAUCGUCCUCGGCCUGGCCAUCUAUAACAACUGCAUCCUGGAUGUGCACUUUCCCAUGGUCGUCUACAGGAAGCUGAUGGGCAAGAAAGGAACUUUCAGGGACUUGGCUGAUGCUAAUCCAGUUUUGUACCAGAGUUUGAAGGAGCUGGUAGAGUACGAGGGCAAUGUGGAGGAGGACAUGAUGAUCACCUUCCAGAUCUCCCAGACUGACCCGUUUGGUAACAGACUCACGUACGAUUUGAGGGAAAAUGGGGAAAAAAUUCCAGUGACGAAUGAAAACCGAAAGGACUUUGUAGCUCUGUAUUCUGAAUAUAUUUUAAACAAAAGCGUUGAGAAACAGUUCAAAGCGUUUAGGAGAGGCUUCCACAUGGUCACCAACGAGUCGCCGCUGAAGUACUUAUUCAGACCAGAGGAGAUUGAGCUCCUGAUCUGCGGCAGCAGGAACCUGGAUUUUCAAGCUCUUGAGGAAACAACGGAGUACGAUGGUGGUUAUAACAAAGACUCUCGAAUUAUUAAGGAAUUCUGGGAGACGUUGCAUUCUUUCAGCGAGGAGCAGAAGCGCCUCUUCCUGCAGUUCACCACCGGUACUGACAGAGCGCCUGUGGGCGGGCUCGGCAAGCUGAAGAUGAUCAUAGCCAAGAACGGCCCAGACACAGACAGGUUACCAACAUCCCACACCUGCUUUAACGUGCUGCUGCUGCCAGAAUACAGCAACAUGGACAAGCUGAGAGAGAGACUGUUGAAAGCCAUCACCUAUGCCAAAGGGUUUGGCAUGCUCUGAGCCCCCACUACUAACAGACUCCUUCUCUGAAAGCCCAUGAAGCCCCGCCCCGCCCCGUCCCGGCCCGCCCCUGCUUUAUCAGACACAAUCCAAACGGUGACAGAACACAGACCAGGAGAAUGAGAGGACAAACGGUUCCAACUGAGCACUCUAGUAGUUUUGCUGCUGUGCCUCCAUCAUCUUCCAUCAGUCAGUGUAAGCACAGAGGCCUCCUGAACUUCCCACUCCCACAUCCACAGUAUGUGAAUGUGUCGCAGCCUCCUUUUGGGUUUUCCAUGUACAGAGAGGAUGGUUUUCCUUAUUUAUUUUUACGUUUCAGUGGGUUAUCUCAUGGCAGCCUGUUAGUUUCCCUAAUCUGGGAAAAGGGGGACAGAGUCCAGUCAAUAAAAACAGGAUGCUAAGAUAACCUGGUCUAACAGAUGAUUGAAGGUUCCCCACUAAAGAAAGAGCUUCACUGACCAUUCCACUCUACUGUUGCUUAAACACAAUUCAGAUAAACGUAAGCAUUGGAAAAUUUACUGUCCUUUGGUCCAAAAUGGCACAUCAUCUAAAUUACUGUUCAAGUUUAUUUCUGGGCAUUUGUUCCUGCUCUGGGUGGGGGUUUGGUUGGAUGGGGGUACACCACAGGUUAGAAUAAAAUCUUAUCAGAUCAGAGCUGUGUAAAGUGCACUUAGACAUUUUCAGAAUGUUUUGGUAUUUUUUCUUUCUUGGCAACAGGUCGCCAUGAUUGUUUGGAGAUUUUCAUUUCCUUGUCUUCCUGUGUUGACAAUUCCAAAUAAACACAGUGUUUAUAUAUAUGAGUGCAGUAGAAACUGCAGCACCAUAUUGUACAUCAUCUACACAUGUAGACUAAAGAGGAUAUUGUCCAUGUGCCAACCUACCAGGGAAACCAGAUAUUUACAAAUGCUUUGUAUAAAACACAACCUGCUUUAUCCAUUUGUGACAAUGAAUCAAGCUAAACCGCCUGUUUAGGCUGGUUAGGAUCACAAAAAAGGUUUUUGUUUGGUUAAUGUCAGAGUAGGGAAAUGUUCUUCAAAUGCACAAGUUUUUUUCCGUUGCCUUGGGAUUUGAUACAAUUGUCCUUUAAGCUUAAGUCAGAUGAAGGUUUUGUUCCAUUAACUUCUCACAGCAGCUAGCUCCUCUCAUAACUGAUUUAUUAGUGCUCCAUUACACACCUUUUCAGCUCAGAUCACUAAUUUUCUUAGGUCUGAAGUCAGGAUGUUAAGGAGACUACAAAACAGACUUUAAUUUAAUCAGUUUUGGCUUCAAAAAUGGCAUUUUUUGGAAUUUUAUUUGUUUGGACAUCGUCAAAAAUGAGUCCCUUUGUGAGCAUCUUUACAAACCGUAAUCUGGCUUUUCACUUUGGUUUUUCAGUUGAGGCUUCUUCAUUACUGAGCAGCAUUUCAGGCAGUCUUGAUACAGGACUCGUUUCACUUUUAGUUGUUCUGGUGUUGAGUCUCACAUUUCACACCAGAACCCAUUCAUCUAUUUCCCACAGAUGAAUGGGUGAGACACUUCUUCCAUGGUGAGACACUCCCAUGCUGUUUGUAGUUGCAUAUAACAGUUUUAGCAGAUGUGUGGUACCUUUAGGUAUCUCAAACAUGAACCAGACUUGUUUAGGUUCACAGUUUUGAUUUCUUGGCUGAGUUCUUGAAUUUGUGACAAUGUCACACAAGGAAUCAGUUUGAGAUCUUGCAUUAAAAUACAUCAGAAGCUUCAUCUGCACUAUACCCCAAAUAGCUUAAAGACAGAGGAAUCGUAGUGUAUGUAAAUAAUAAACAUCUUAUAUUUAGCAAAUAGAAAAAAUUUAGGCAAUCCUGCUGGCCCUACAACUACUUUGUCUGCCUUAACGUCAGACAGGAAAUUAAAAGGUUGGAUGUUUCAUGCUGUGGUGUAUGUAAAUAUCUGGUCCCAGCUCAAUUCAUUUACUAACUGUUUGUCAGGUAAAAACUCCAGUUUGUUUCAUCCACUUUUGGUUUUAACGUUGAACACUUAGGAGGCUCACACUGCAGCAGCUUAUCUGGGACCUUCUGCACAGGCAGAGUCAAGAAGAUACCAAUAGAUCUCAACAGUUUGGCUUCUCUGGUCUUUAGUUCUUGGACUGUAGUCAGCGGUGGGACGGCUCAACACCAUCCUUGCUCCUUGCUAUGGGACACAAGGACCACCAUGAGUAGAAGAACCCUACCAAAGGUUUGCUGAUCUGUCAAAAAAUCCAUAAGUCACUUAGUCUCAGGCAAAGCUCUGUGGUGACUUUCCUAGCAGUUCAUCUGGGCAAGGUGUUCUGACUUGUAUUUGGAUCUCUCUGAUGUAUGCUGUGAGAAAUGCAUCAUCUAAACAAACUAAAUGAGCCACUUCCUUAUGAACCAUUAAAUAAAUUACUAUGAAUGUAAAUGUAAUUUUGUUUGCAUACAGACCAGGCAGAAACAAUAAAAGGAACUAUGACAAA